AUGCCGCCUCAGGAGCUGAGCCCCCGCUGGAGAGGCAAGCACGGCUUUCAGGUUGGAUUUUUCCCCGGUGAGUGUGUGGAGCUCAUUAACGGAAAAAUCCCGGAGAGUCUCAUCAAUUCAGUGCCAAAGCCAGUGCCAAAGAAGCGCGGCAAGCUCCUCACCUUCCUUCGUUCCGUGGUGAAGGCCCGCCCAAAGCAACCGAAAGAGCGGGAGGUGGAGAAGGAAAGGGUGUUCGGCCGUGACCUGGGAGAGCAUCUUCUCCACUCUGGUCGUGAUGUCCCCCAGGUCCUCCAGAGCUGCGCCGAGUUCAUCGAGCAGCAUGGCGUGGUGCAGGGGAUAUACCCCCUGUCCGGCGUUGCGUCCAGCGUCCAGAGACUGCACCAGGAAUUUGAGUCUGAGCAGGUUCCUGAGCUAACCGUCCGCGACGUUCACAGCGCGAGCUCCCUCUGCAAAAUGUACUUCAGGGAGCUCCCGAACCCCCUGCUGACCGACCAGCUGUACGACAAGUUCUCGGAUGCUGUUGGUGCCACUACGGAGGAGGAGCGGCUGGUCAGAAUGCGGGACGCCAUCCAGCAGCUGCCCGCUCCUCACUACAGGGUCCUGGAGUUCCUGAUGAGACACUUGGCCUGUCUGUCUGCAAACAGCUCUGUCACCAACAUGCACGCUAAGAACUUAGCCAUUGUGUGGGCUCCAAACCUCCUAAGAUCACAGCAGAGCGAGUCUGCCUGUGCCAGCGGGAGAGCUGCCUGCACGGAACUGCAGAUGCAGUCGGCCGUGGUGGAAUUCAUCAUCGACCACACAGAGGUCCUCUUCUGCUCCACAUCUGGACCUGACAUCGCAGAUGGAGCAGGGCACAGUUCUCUCUCAGGGCCCAAAUCUGUGCAGGCGUCUUCUCCUGCCACAGAGCUGCUCACCCUGGAGGAGGCGCAGGCACGGAGGCGAGGCCACAGCAGCUCUCCUGUGGUUGUGACACAGAGCAGGGACAUAGAGGUGGAAGAAGGCCCCGCAGCUGUACGGGGCAAAUUCCACACAGUCAUUGACUUUCCAUCUGAAAGUGAUGGAGAGAGGGAGCUCAUCCAAGUUCAAGCCCUCAUUUCUCCCAGCUCUGCUGAAGAUGCUGACCUGAGCCCGCCAGACACCACAGGCACCAGCCUGGACUGUGACCCGGUGCCUCUGCAGUGCAGCCCAGCCCAAGCACAGUCCAAGUGCCCCGACAGCAGCACCUCUGUGCUGGAGCAGGUCAGUAUCACUGAGGAGAAGCCGAGCCUCUUGGAGGGGAGCUUAGAAUCAGGCCUCCAGUCCCAGGCACCGGGCAGCGGCUCUGAGAGCUCUCCAUGA